AUGAAACCCGUCAUCGCUGUUCCUGCUAUUGCAGGUCUUCUCUAUCGUGCCUGGUCACACAAGACCCUCACCACCCUGGGUUUGGUCGCCGCCGGGCUGACCGCUUCAGCUCACGCCCUCCACCCAUGGUCGACCCCGUUUAUCCUGCUGGCCGUAUUCUACCUCGGAGGUAGCCGAGUGACCAAGGUCAAGCACGAGAUCAAAUCCCGCUUGACCCUCUCCGCGACCGGCUCCGAGGGCGGCGAAGGCCCUCGCACCCACGUCCAAGUCCUCGCCAACUCCAUCGUCGCCUCGGUGCUCAUCCUCGCCCACACCUACGUCCUCGCGAAGCGGUCCGCCGCCGGAUCCAACGCCGCUCAAUGUUUCUCGAACGGUCACGAUGUAGCGGACGUGUUGAUGGUUGGGAUUGUCGCGAACUACGCCGCCGUCACCGCCGACACCUUCUCCUCCGAACUGGGGAUCCUCUCCACCUCGAAACCGCGCCUGAUCACCUCGCCCACCUUCCGCGUCGUCCCCCCCGGCACGAACGGCGGCGUCACCGGCACCGGCCUCCUGGCCGGCAUGUUCGGCGCCUUCACCAUCGCGCUGUCGUCGGCCGCGUUCUUGCCGUUCUGCGGUGCCCCCCCGGGCGGCAGUACUUUGGGUUUGUUGACGAGUCGCGCGGGGUGGGUUGCGGCUGUCACCGCCUGGGGCACUCUAGGCAGCGUGCUGGAUAGUAUUUUGGGGGGUCUGUUCCAGGCGAGUGUGGUGGAUAAGCGGACGGGGAAGAUCGUGGAGGGGUCUGGCGGGAAGAAGGUCCUCGUUCAUCCUUCCUCAACCAAGGCGGGUGUCUCGGCCAACGCUGCGGGGCUUACGCCGGCGCGUGGGGUUAGCAGUAGCAGUAGUGCGGCGCAGCAGCUGCGGGCGACUGAGGAUAUUGCUAAUGCGGCGACGGCGACGGCGACGUUUAGGGGGAAGCGUGGGGAGGUCGGUUCUUCUUCUUCUUCGGCGGGAGAGACGACAACGGAUGACAGGCAUGAGAGUCGGCGGGUGGAGAGCGGACAUGAUAUUUUGGAUAACAAUGCGGUGAAUGUGUUGAUGGCGGUGGUUAUGAGUGUUGGGGCGAUGGGGGUGGCGGGGUGGGUUUGGGGGCUGGAUGGUGCGGAUUUGGUGUGGUAG